AUGAUAGAAUAAAGAGAUUGCGCUUUGCGCAGGUCCGUUACUCUUGUUUACAAAUCAGCUGUUCGAGUGUUGACGUCAUAAUAUAAAAUUUUUGGUGGGAAGCGUAUUGGUUUGCGAGGAAAACGUAUUGAUUUGUGAUAUUUUUGUUAAAGUUAUAAAAUAAAAACGUUGUAAAAUGAAGUGCGCAGUUGCGAAAUGUGGAAAAACGGCGGCAGAGUGCAGUUUGUUUACUUUUCCUUCAGAUCCAGAACUUAGGAAAAAGUGGAUCCAGUUCUGCCGGCAAAGCAAGGAUUUCCAAUUUAAAACUUGCUAUAUUUGCAUGCAUCACUUUGCAAGUGAAGAUUUUGAAAAUAGUCUGCAGUUCGAAAUGGGUUAUGCAAAAAGAAGAUUGUUGAAACGAGGCUCCGUGCCAUCAAUUUACAAGCCCGGUGAUGAAAACCCGGAGCGUUCGCAAAGAGUUCAUCGUCGUCAAAAUACGUCGUUAAUAUUGGGUUUCAUUGGAACGAUAUCCUUAUUUGAUGCUGUGGGCAGGCGUCACAGUUUCAGUCUUUCUGGCAUCGUAUAGCUUCUAUAUUUGUUUCCAAGCCUUGGAGCUAUGCACUAUUUGCUGUGGCUUCAAUUUCAUUUGGAAAUCUUACUCGUUCCAUUUGCCAGCGCAACGGCGGCCACAGAAUGCAAUUUUUAUUUGAACGCCCUACCCACUACCUGAAAUAAAAUAAUAAUAUAAAUAAUGUAAAAGAAACACAAAAUAAAUUUACCGUCUUCUCGAUUCAAUAAA